AGAUACACUCCUACAAAUCAAUCAUUCAAUUUGUUUAAUUAGACUCCUAGUAUUUCUUUAGAGGUAAAACAUGUGUUAACUUUCUAUUAUUAAAAAGGGCAUUGUCGCGGAGGACUCGUACAUUUACACUGAAUCAGUUUCUUUCCAUAACCUGUGUUUCGAAUUUUUCUUCUUCUCAAUCUCUGCAAAGGUUAGGUGUUUGUUAUUAUGGAGGAAGGAGAUAACAUUCUCGAUGUUAUAUACGAUGAGGAUACUUUAGAUGAUGAUGAUGUUGACAUGGUUGAUGUUGAAGAAGGAGAGUUGGUAGAGCCGAAUUCGAAAAUUUCUGUGGGACAAAGUAGUGUUGGAGAUAUCACUGAAGCAAAACAAGAAUCUCAUGGUGAGAACUCAAAGUGUGGAGCUAGCAAGAAGAAGAGGAAGAGGAACAAGAAAAAGAGAAAGGGUUUGGGAUUUAAAGUCAUGGAUAUAGACAGAUUUGUGUCAGAUAUCUGUUAUCGUCUGAAAGAGAAAAAGACAUAUAUGGUAUACACUGCUGCAGGUUGUCUUGGAAUCUCUGCAUUGAGUGAUAUCGUCAAAGAGGUUGAUGCAAUACAAACCUGUGGAGGCCAAAAGACUGCUGAUGGUAGACGACACCGGACUGGGGGUGGCAUAUUGUGGAACAUCAUAAAAGUUCGGGAACCAAAUGCCUACAAAGAGAUAAUGGAAAAAGCAAAAGAAUUUGAGAAGCAAUUAAGGCAGCCAAUUUUUAAGCAACUAAAUGUGCCAAAGCAAGAGGAUUCUUCUCAAGGAGUGGCCUUUUCAUUUGCUGGCAGUGAUCAGGGAAAUGUUUCCAACAGUGCAUUUCAUGCAUCAGAAACACAAAAUCAACAUGAACCAGUUACUUCCAAAGAAAAGUCUAUAUCUGUUCAUGAUAGGCUAAGGAUACCUGUUUCCUACGACGAUGAUCUGCUUGGAGAGAAUCCAGUCAAUCAUGCAACCUGACUCUAGAAAGAAAGUGGUCUUCGUCACUAGACAAGCUGUUCUCCCUUUUAGAUGGAUGUUUAUUGAUGCAUUUCUUUCAUCUCCCUCUGGCGAAUACCACACUGUUCUUUCCUGUGUUACUUUUUGCUUUUCCACCCAUUCAUUUCCUUGUUUCUUUAUUUACUUUGUCAAACGGCUCUCUGAUAUAUUUAUAUAGAACGAGGGCAAACAUAAAAAAUGGAACAAGAGGGGUAUAGUGGUGGAUGUAUUGUGGUUACGGUUAACCAACAAGCAAUUCAUUAGAUUUUGCUUUAACAUGAUGAAUGAAGUGCUGCACAAGUCUCAAAUGGA